UGCAUUAUGUUUUAAAUAAGAAAAAGCAACAAAAAUAAAUACAAAAGCAUAUAUAUAUGUAAUUUGUUCAUAAGGAAAUAGUGAAGCAAAGAAGGCACUGUUUUCAGAGUUUUAAUUAAUUUCAACAUUUAAAGUGAAUUACAUCGUAUAUCAAGAAAAGCAAUCCUUCACGUAUAAUUGUAUAAUCAACGUUUUUUGCGUCAAUUACGACGUAACCAUAUAAUCAAUAUUCGAUUUAAAAAUGAGUGGAAAAAAGGAAUUCAUUACGUGCCGAGAUGUUCUAUGGUACUUUGUUUUUUGCGGAUUUGCAAUUAAUUAUAUGCUAAGGAUCAAUUUAAAUCUAACUAUAGUGGCUAUGGUUGUACCAAGACCGCAAGCAGCCUCUUCCGUAGAAUGCGAGGUAGAUAAUUCUACUAAUAAUUUAUGGAAGAAUACAACAUUUAAUGAAAGUAUCCAUAAUUCUUUAGAUGUCACUGAACGUGGAUUAAUUUUUGAAAAUAUUACGUAUAAUGAUCGGUUUACUUGGAGCGAAUAUGAUCAAGGACUUGCAUUAGGUGCUUAUUAUUGGCUUCAUUGGAUCUCUCAAUUACCUGGUGGUAUUUUAGCAAGACGUUACGGUACAAAAUUUGUUUUUGGAUUUGCCAAUUUUUUGACAGCCCUUUUAGGUUUUCUCAUACCCUUUGCUACAAGAUAUCACCUAAACGCUCUCGUAUUUAUUCGAGUUCUUCAAGGAUUCGUUGCGGGUGUUGUUUGGCCCAGUAUGCAUGACAUGACAGCCAAAUGGAUACCGUCAACAGAAAGAAGUAGAUUCGUCAGUGCAUAUUUAGGUAGUUCUGUAGGUGCUGCUAUCACUUAUCCACUUUGUGCAACAGUUUGCAAUGCAUUUGGAUGGGAAGCUGCAUUUCAUGUCACUUCUAUUCUCGGUGUAAUUUGGUACUGUUUUUGGUUUUUCUUCGUAUACGAUUCACCCCAAAUACAUCCACGUAUAUCCGAAGAUGAAAAAAAUUACAUACUCGAAAAUAUUUCGGGAUCUGUCGAUGACAAAGAAACGAAAGUACCUUGGAAAGAAAUUUUCACUUCGGGACCUGUAUGGAUUACAGUUUUGGCUCAAUGGGGUGGUGCUUGGGGUUUCCUAACUUUAAUGACACAAGCUCCUACGUACUUUAAUUUUAUUCAUGGAUGGAAUAUUCAUGCAACGGGUAUUAUAUCUGGUGCACCUCACAUUCUAAGAAUGAUCUUUUCUUAUUUCUAUUCAAUCAUGAGUGAUUGGCUUCUACGAACUGAAAGAAUGAGUUUAACCAACGUAAGAAAAUUAGCAACAUUUGUGUGUAAUGGUUUACAAGGUAUAUUCAUAAUCGCAUUAGGCUACAGCGGUUGUCAACCAUAUUUAGCUGUCAUUUUUAUGAUGGCUGGUACAGCAGUAAAUGGGGCAGUUUCAGCAUCAACUUUAGCAAGCUUUGUUGAUUUAAGUCCCAAUUAUGCAAGUAUAUUACUUGGUUUUUGUGGAAUGGUUGUAAUUUGGGCUGGAUUUAUUUCACCUGUGAUUGUUGGUUUACUUACUAACAAUAAUCAAACAGUUGGUCAAUGGUUUAUCGUAUUCCUCAUUGCCGGUGCAAAUGCGAUAGCUGGUUGUUUAAUUUAUUUAUUCGGUGGUACAUCCAAGGAACAACCAUGGAAUCAAUAUGGAAAACCAAGUGAACAAAAUGAUUGUGAAAUGUUAAGUUUGCAAACAAAAAAUGAGAUGUUGAAAGAAGAAGAAGGUUUAGGAAAAAUUAAUAAACUAGAAGAAAAAUUGUCCGUUGAUAAGUGACGACAUUGGACAAAUAUUCAUUUUCCUUAUCUAAAUUUUCUUUACAAGAUAGUAGCAACCGUUUCUUUAUCAUUUUUCAUAUCAAAUUGGUAAGUCUUGUAAAUAUUAAACACGUACAAAGUAUAAAUAAUAUAAUUAAAGAUAUAGAAUUGAAAAGGAGAUUAAAAUCUAGGACAAUUAAUUAAAUAAGUGUCAUUUUUGACUCGUAAAACAGUUUAUUUCACAAAACAGGAAUGAUUAAUAAAUACGAAUGUGUGGUUUUACAUCAAGAAAAAUGUAUUAUCCAAAUUUUGGUAUGUUUUUUUGUUGUUUUUUUUUUACGGUGUAUUCGUGAAUAUACACCGGUGUUCAUACUGCGAUUAAUAUCUAUUGAAUAUUUGUUUAAUUAUCGAUCUG